GUUGAUCAAGUCUGUGAGGAAGCUUAGUCCAGAUGGGCAGACAUCUACACUGGAGGGGUACCAUGCCACAGUCAUACAUUUUGCACCAAAAAUGUAUCACUUUGGAUACUUAGGCAUGAAGAGCAGGCUACAGUUAGCUGGACUCCACUUCAAUGAGAACAGUGGCAGGGACCAAGCCAAACUCAAGAAUGGGGAAGAACAAUUCAACAUUUCAUUCCCCAAAUUCAAGAAGGGAGACUUUUCAGUGAAACGUGUUCUGACCAAGUGCACAUUCAACUAUGUGACUGAACUUCAGAAAGAGGUGUGCAGAAUCAUCCGAGCUGGAGAAAUCUGUCAGAAUGAAGAACCCCCCCCACCCCCACUUUCCAGUGCCUUCGAACAUCCGGAUAAGCAGGAAGCCAUCAACAAAUACCGGAGUGGAAAACGCUACGUGGAGCAUGUGGGGAAAUAACUUGUGUUGGACUUCUAGAUUCCAGUGUAAACUGUAUGUGGUGGGAGCCAAUUUGGUUUGACGAUCAUCAAGUUGAAGCUAUCACAAAUU